GCAGUUAGUCAUCACCCUUGUGUUUAUAUUCAGUAUUUCUGUAAAAGUGUUAUUUUCAAUAUAAAAGUGUUAUUUUCAAUAUAAGAAAUAUUUACGAAACCAACAAACUCAGCCUCGUCGUAACACCUAGCGUCAAUCGCCGGCUUCGCAGAUUUGUUUUCUUAUUCGUCCAACAUCGUCAUCGUUAUCAUCAUCACACUGUGCCAUGGCCGUCACGCCCUCCACCUCUCUCCUCUCCUUCCUCCAACGCCUCCAAAAAACCGCCUUCGAAGCGUUCGGCGGUCCCGAUUUCGAUCCCAAGACCUACGUCGACGUGCCUCUUAAGUUCGCACUAUCCGUCACCCAGGACGCGUUCCAGAAGCUUCCGCGUAACGCCGACGGCACCGUGCCGGCUGAAGAUUUAAAGCGCUUUCUAGAAGCCUAUUUCGGAGGUGCAGGGGACGAUCUGGUGCACCUGACCCCACACGAUUUCGUUCGCGAACCGGAGGGUUUCUUGCCCAAGGUCAAACACCCUCAGGUGCGGGCCUGGGCCUUGCAGGUCCAUUGGCUUUGGAAAAACUUGACCCGGAAAGUAUCCGAUGCGGUGCAGGCGCACCCGGAUUUGCAUACGCUGCUCCCUCUCCCCGGUUCCGUUGUCAUUCCCGGUUCGCGUUUUCGCGAGGUUUAUUACUGGGAUUCUUACUGGGUUAUUAGGGGCCUGAUCGCGAGUAAAAUGCACGACACUGCUACUGCUAUUGUGACCAACCUCAUUUCCUUGAUAGAACAAUAUGGAUUUGUUCUUAAUGGUGCUAGAGCAUACUACAGUAACAGGAGCCAGCCUCCUCUUUUAAGCGCUAUGAUUUAUGAGAUAUACCGUACCACCGGUGACGUGGAAUUGGUUAAAAGAUCUCUACCUGCACUAAUCAAAGAGUAUGAAUUUUGGAAUUCAGAUAUACACAAGGUGACCAUUUUGGAUGCUCAAGGUUGCACUCACACCUUAAAUCGCUAUAAUGCAAUGUGGGACAAACCCAGGCCAGAAUCAUCCAUUAAGGACCAGGUAUUUGCUUCCAACUUCUCGAGUGUUUCAGAAAAACAGCAGUUUUACCGUGACCUGGCUUCAGCUGCUGAAUCAGGAUGGGAUUUCAGCACUAGAUGGAUGAGAAACCCGCCUAAUUUCACAACAUUGGCUACAACUUCCGUAAUACCUGUUGAUUUAAAUGCAUUUAUACUCGGGAUGGAACUUAAUAUUGCCUUCUUUGCAAAAGUUGUUGGAGAUAAUGGCACUGCUGAACGGUUCCUGGAAAAUGCUGAUCUUAGAAAGAAGGCAAUGGACUCUGUUUUCUGGAAUGCAAACAUGAAACAAUGGCUUGACUACUGGCUCGAAAAUACAUGUGAGGAGGUUCAUGUUUGGAAAAACGGGCGCCAGAAUAAAAAUGUAUUUGCUUCCAAUUUUGUUCCUUUGUGGAUGAAACCAUUUUAUUCAGACACUUCACUUGUGGCUAGUGUCGUUGAAAGUCUCAAAACUUCCAACCUUGUCCGUGCCGCUGGAGUUGCAACUUCUUUGACUGAUUCAGGACAACAGUGGUAAGUAAUAUAAGCAGGGUGAGACUGGG